UACGACUGGGCGCCGGGCGGGUUGCGGAGGGGAGGAGCGGACUGGAGAGCCACCCAGGCCCCGUGCUUGCCUGCCUGCCUGCCUGCCUGCCUCCCCCCCCAGAGGAGGCGGGAUUACCCUAGCAACGGGCGCGAGCGGGGCGGGCUCUGGGCGACGCCGGCGGCAGUUUUGAAGGCCGUUCGCUUGCCAGGUGGGCGGCGGCAGGUCAGGCCCGCCUAGUCGGAUUCUGGUUCGGUGGCCGGAGCGGGUUCUUCCGCCGCCGGUCCAGGGCCCCGGCUGCCAUGUCCCUGUUGAGAGUAAGUCGUUUCUCCGCCAGUGCGGGGAGGAAGCCGCCCAGAGCCCGAAGGAAAAAGCCCCCCGCCAAGCAGGAGUGGGAUAGCACCAUUCAUGAUCUCACCGUGCAUCGUGCAACUCCAGAGGAUCUUGUGCGACGACAUGAGAUGCACAAGUCAAAGAACAAAGCCCUUGCACACUUGGAAUUGCAAGAAAAAACAUUAAAGAGCAAAUGGAAGAAGCAGAGACUGAGAGUUCCUGAAUCUCUGGAAAAAAGGAAAUUGACCUUAAUGAGAGAGAUUCUCUCUGAUCAAUACCAGCUGCAGGAUGUCCUGGAGAGAUCUGAUCAGGCCAUGGCUGUGGUGAAAGACCUGUUUGGAGAUGCCCCUCGAAGACAUAUCGGUUUUCCAAAUGUGACAGUAGCUCCUGAUUGUGAUGAGGAAUCCUUUCAAGGUCCAAUCAUACAAAAGUGUGAUCCCCCUACACAGCUCUCCCUUCUUAAUGAGUCUGUCAUGGAUUCUCAGGCACUCAAUGAAGUAGAAGGGGAGAGCUCUUCCAUUUGCCAUACAGACUGUGAGAAUGGCCAAGAUGUGUCUCUGAACUUCGGAUCUGACAUUGGCACAGACAGAAAACUUAAAAGAGGAAAUGCUGUGGCCAAAUGCCAACAAGAGGCUACUAAGCUACAAGCAACUACCCACUCAUCACAGGAUGUUAACAUUCUUGCAACUCCAACAACAAUUUUUCAGUCCAUGGGAUAUAGAGCCCUUAAUGCUACUCAUGCAGUCAAGAAAGUCCACUCAAGACUUCAGGAUGAAGAGCAGACUCCAGAUGUUAGGUACAUUGUGCAACAAGUACUGAAUGCCAAUCUAAGGAAGCAAAAACAAAUGUCAAAAAAAGUGAAGAAAAAACAAAGUGCACAGACUCCUGCUAGACAGAAGAGGAGUCACUCGAACACUGCUUCAACUUCCUCUGACCACUCAAAUGACAACAAAUCCAGCCUAGAUGUCUUGAACCAAAUGAUGCAUGAUGUAGAGCAUGAAAUGGAGGAAUAUGAGCAGCGGACAGGGCAUGAAGUCCAGAAAACACUCAACAGUCAAGGAGUCACUGGAUUUACUUACUCGCUGGUGAAUGCUCUGUGUCGAGUGAUGCGCUUUUUGAAGCAGAGCGAGAUGAGGCUAUGUCAAGAAACAUUGAACAGGCAGCAGCUUGAAAAUGAGCUAAGUGAACACAGGGCACUAAUUGAUGCUCUAACUGCUGAAGUCCUUCUGGUGAGAGAAGAAAAUCUUGCUAUACAGAGUAAACUUCAGCAAUACAUGGUUGUAACAGAUGAACAACUAAUUUCGUUCACUCAUGCAAUUAAAGGGCUCUCUGCCACAGAUUCUAACAGAAUCAAAAGUCCUGGAGAGAGUGGGGAAUUUUCAACCAGGAGUCCAGAGGUCACCCAUGGUAUAGAGAAACCGCAUUUAAACUAUGCUGGGCCAAAGACAGAUAUCUUCAAAAGUGAAAAAGUGUUUGAACUCUCACAAUCGAAUCUCUCCAGUAAAGGUCCAGUGUUGCCAAAUCAACCAGAUAGCAUUGGGGUUGGACAGAUGUUAUCAACUUGUACAUUCCAACCAGCUGUCCUGUUAUCUCCGCCGCAGCAGAAGAACAGCGAAGUCUUGCUCUCUCUUCCUGAUGAAUCCACUGGGAGAGAUGAUCUGCAGAAGCAAAUGGCUGAGCUAACACUCCAGAACUCUGUUGUUAAAGCUCAGCUAAGCAAAUUCAGGCAUUACCAUCAAGAAGCAGAGAACAGUUUGCAGCAGCCAGUCACAAUGCAGAAUGAAUUAGUUGGAGAGGAACCGGAAAUUGACCGAGCCAUAAACAGUUCGGAAGAGUUACCAAAGAGCUUGGAUGAAAGAAUAGCAGAGCUGAACCGCCAGAGUGCAGAAGCUCGUGACAAACUACUGUUCUUGAUCAAACAGCAGAAACUAGCCACAUUAAUCUCUGUGUCUCCACCAAUUUCACCCAUUCCAUCACCACCUGUAAACCUGACUGAAAAUGGAAGGAGGACAAUUGAGGUGUGUAUUCCAGUGGCAGAAAUGCUGCAUAGUUCUAAAGAAGAUAUGACUCCCCCUGCAAGCAGGACCAAUGCAAGGAGAAUGGAAGUGUACAAGAAGAGAUCAAAUUCCUCCUUUUCUCUGCCAUUUGUGUCUACAGAUCUACUACAGGUGUGUCUAACCAGGUGCAUAUACCACAAAGCACCUCACAGGGAAAUGUACAACUGAUAUCUGAGAGUCAUAGAACAAAGAUUGAAAAGCAAAGUGAAGAAGGCUGGUUUGCCCUGUCAAUGCACAUUGAAUAGCAUCAGCCCAGCUGUAUGUGUACAGUUUGUUGUUUAAACUAUUUUAGGCCAUUAUACUAAAGUUCUGUACCCUUCCUGCCAGAACUUGGAAAAUGUUGAUACUGCUAAUUGUGGUCUCCACAUCAGUGGUUAUGUACUUCUCAAAGAUGUAGUGUUAUCUUUUCACGCACUUCUUUAUAAUUAAAUGGUACCGAAGCUGUGUUUAAAAUGGCUUGAUCCCUCUAAUGUUCUAGGUUAGUAACAUUUUUGUAUCCUUUGUUUUAAUUAAUAAUAUAAAUAAAUGGUAAAGAGUGUUUUUUAACAGA